UCACAUAAACUGCAAAUAUUUCUCUUUCUUCUUCUCAUUCUCUCUUUAUAGCAUAAUCUUGAUUCUUCACGUUAUCUGGCCAGUAUCUGAUUGUAUCUGACUUUAACUUUCGCUGAUCCCAUGUCAUCGCCUUACGUAAUCUCCAACUCCCAACUAAUUUUUUUUCUCUGCCUGCUCUCUGCCGCCUCCCAACUGCUGCGAGAUCCUGGUUUUCUCCAGCAUUUCUGAUUGAUAGAAAACAGAGAUAGAACGAUAGUCACAGUACCAUGGAUUAUCAGUCAGUAUUUGGAGCCACCGCUGCAGCGAUCAACGGCGGCGCCACCCCGCUCAGCAGCACCGCGCAGGAGCACACGAUGGCGACCGUUCUCUGCUGCAACUGCGGUGUGCCCAUCGACGGCACGAGCGGUCUGUCGAUGUGCUACGACUGCAUCAAGCUCUCGGUCGACAUCACGGACGGGAUCCAGAAGGAGAGCACGCUUAGUUUUUGCAGAAACUGCGAGCGUUUCUUGAGACCGCCUAGUCAGUGGGUUGCUGCUGCUUUGGAGAGCAGAGAGCUGUUGGCUUUGUGUUUGAAGCGAUUAAAAGGACUGCAGAAGGUCCGCCUCAUCGAUGCAUCCUUCAUCUGGACCGAACCUCACUCGCGAAGAAUCAAAGUCAAACUGACCGUGCAAAGCGAAGCGUUCAACAACACGAUCGUGCAGCAGUCGUUCGAAGUCGAGUACAUCGUCAUCGCGACGCAGUGCCCCGACUGCGCCAAAUCCUUCACCGUCAACACCUGGCGCGCGACCGUGCAGAUCCGUCAGAAAGUUCCCCACAAGCGAACGUUUUUCUACCUCGAGCAGCUUAUCUUGAAACAUAACGCGCACCGCGAUACGAUCUCCAUCCUCGAAUCAAAAGACGGUUUGGAUUUCUUCUACUCCCAGAAGAACCAUGCGGUCAAGAUGAUUGACUUUUUGAGCGGCGUGGCCCCGAUCCGGACAAAGAAGUCCGAGGAGCUCAUCUCGAUGGACACACAUACUGCCGUCCGCAGUUACAAGUUCACGUUCUCGGUCGAGAUCAUCCCGAUCUGCAAAGACGACCUCGUCUGUCUUCCCAAGAAAGUCGCCCGGGCGGCGGGCAACAUCUCGCAGCUCGUGCUCUGCAGCCGCAUCGGCAACACCAUCCACCUGCUCGACCCGUUCUCGCUGGACUCGACAGAUUUACAACCGUCCGUGUACUGGCGCCAGCCAUUCACGUCUCUUACCAACAGCUCGAACCUGACUGAGUUUGUCGUGCUCGACAUCGAACUCACUGGAGCUGAGAAGGGAAGAAUUGCCAUGGCUGACGCGACCGUGGCGCGGUCGGCAGACAUGGGCCGCAACGACACGACGUACUACGUGCGCACACAUCUCGGAGGUAUCUUGCACCCGGGAGACACCGUGCUCGGAUACUUUUUGUCCAACGCAAACUUCAACCACGAUCUCUGGGAUACGCUCGACCAGCGCAACAUUGCGGACGUCGUGCUCGUCAAGAAAUCGUACGCGCGCAGGAAGAAGAACAAAGGCCGCAACUGGCGCCUUCGUCGCAUGGCGAAGGAGUACAACGAGAUGGAGGACUCGGCUGCCAUGUCGACCAAGCAGCGACAGAUGGAAGCCGACCGGAUCGAGCGCGACUACGAGCUCUUCUUGCAGGAGCUCGAAGAAGAUCCCGAGCUGCGCAGCACGAUCAACCUUUACAAGGCGCCCAACUCGCAGAACCCGGAGAGGGUUAGACCUACUAGGCCGACGAAGAUGGAGGGCAUCGAGGAGGGUGAGGAGCCGGUUGCUGAUGCGGAUGGGGAUGCGGCGAUGGAGAUGGAUGAGGGAGAGGAGGUUGACGAUGACGAUGAUGAGUCGGAUGGAUCGGCGCCUGAUGUUGGUCUUGAUGAGUUGCUGGAUGAGAUUGACGAGCUUACUUUGGAGGAUGCAUACCAGUCUGAGUAGUUACUCUCGAGAUUAUAUUUUUAUUUUUUUGUUUGUAAACAGCCAUUGUCACUGGGUUCAUUAAGGUAUUCUUUGUUCUUACUUUUGUACUUUAUCGUUGAUUGUUCUGAUGAUUGUC